UGGGGCAUAACAACAACGCACUUCGUCAUCGGCGCUGAUAGUCGCCGAUUCGAAUCAACACUUCUCGUGGGCUGCGGAGAGAGCUUUGAGCUCUGCUCCGGCGCCCAUUCCAUCUCCCGUGUCUCCCAUCGACCCCGAAUUGGCUGUCGCCAUUGCGACUUUUGUUGUUCAACCUCGACCCCCCCCCCAACACUCGCUAUCCCAACAGCCACAACAACCCCCAUCCAACAUCAUCGCGCUUCCAUAUCCCGCUCUAUUGUUUCGCGUCCCCAAUCGCGCAUAUUGCGAGCUCUUUCCCUCCAUGCCCCCACGGCAUGCAAACGCCACUAAACCAUGGAAGCAGCGGCGAAGAAGGUCCAACUGCUGGCCCAGCGCAUCCUGCCCGACCGACCGCAUCAUCUCUCUGUGUCCCCCGACCAGCGAUUUCGCGUCCCGCCCGAUCAUAUCAAGCCCUUUGAGGAAUUCAAGCACCCGCGCCUACAGUACAUGACGCUGCUGUCCGACGCUGACCGCGGUAUGCUGCUCACUCGUCCGUACUAUGAUAUGCGCGAGGAACCUCCGAACCCCACCGCCCACAAGGAGCCGAACACAAAGAUGGAGAAGAAGGCCGUGACCAAGUUGUCACUGAGUGACUAUAAGAAUAAGCAGAAGAAGGUGGCGGAUUCCCCUCCCGAAUCAAGGACAACGUCGAAGCCGGACACCUCGCGGAAGGAUAAGGAAGCGGCCGACGGUCGAAUUGAACGAGAACCAAAGAGGAUGGACGCAUACAGGAACCGCGAUUCUGAGGCAUCAAAAGACAUGAAGGCGCACAGGCCGCGUGAACAUACCCACGAUGAAAGGACGGGCAGGCCUGAAACUAAGCCUAGGGCAGCUCAAGAAAGCAAUGAUACCCCAGAGAAGCGGAAACGAACCGCAGAUGCCGACAACGAGUUGCGCCCUCAGAAGCGAGCGAGACCCGAAGCUAGCACCCCGUUGGACGAACGAUCGCGAACACCCCGAGACGAUACCCCAAGGAGGAAAGAUGUUCAUUCAUCGCAGGAUAGGACACCGCAGAAGGAUGGCAAACUGGGCACAAGCUCUUCGUCAUUGCCCAACGGACGAUCGGGUCUAAAGUCAGCGCUUGGCUCGGGGUCAAGCGCCAACAAAUCACCCGUGUCGCGUGCGCGAGGCGACUCCAUCAACGGCAACAGACCGACUCCAUCGGGGAGUAGAGCCAGGGCUGAAACUGCUUCGUCACGGUCAGCAGUCCCGCCUUUGCUGUCUCCUCUACACCUACCGAAUGAAUCCGAUUCCCGUCCUAAAGAAAAAAGGCGGGAUGACGUCGGCGAGCACAACAGGCCACUGAAAUCUCUGAAGUCAGAACCGCCGCCGCCUAUUAAGAGACCAAAAUCCCCCAUCGACCUUCCGGAACUACUCUCUCCAACAUUGCCCCCGAUAGUCGAGGAGGAGCUAGCCCGAAUGAAGAAGACACCCACGAAAAGUUCAGCCUCGGGUCAAAGAUUACAUCCUCCAGACUCUCCGACAACUAGCAAGAGACCACAUAUCGUGGUCAAGGAAGAGGACGAAGAUCGAAAGGAACCAAAGGACAAGGCCAGGGACAGACCGCGCAGGUUCAUGGUGACACUCAAGUACAGCAAGAAGUACAACAAGUCAGUGCAGAGACUACUAGCACUGCCGCCGAGGAAAGACGUCAAGAAAGAACGCUCAGUGAGUAUAGAGCCUCCAGCGCCACCUCAGGCGCGGAAGCGACCCAUCAGCAGUGCCGAACACAUUGGCGAUUCAAUUGCGGUGAAGCGGCCCAGGACUUCGGAUAUCACGAGUUCAUCGAAGCUGGUCACGCCUUCAACGCCUUCGAAGGCGGCCACAACGAUGUCCCGGGUGGCGUCGAACAACUCGGUUAAUACCCCUGGAGACGGUAGCGGCCUUACCCCCGCUGCGCCGCCUUCGUCAGACCGCGACCGGCCACAAACGAGAGACGACAGCAGAGAGGCCGCAAAUCCGUCUAAGGUCCAGUCGCUGCGCGAUCGCUGGGGUCGGUUCAUCAAGCUUGGUACCAAGUUGAAGCACGAGCGCGAUAUGCUCCUGGAACGUAAGAACAGUGACCGCGGCGCUCCUAUAUCCGAUUCGGACAGCAAGCUCAGUAUGAUCUUGGGGCUGGAAACGGCGUUGGCAUUCAUGGUCGGCUUCAGGGCGCUGGUCGAGUCACGGCGAAUGGAAAACAAGGCGCAAGAUCCCAAGCAAUGGGGUAGCAUUCUGCCAUUGCUCAACGUCAUGCGCCACGACGUACGGAAGAGUAAGCCGCUGGAGGCACUGUUUUGGCAGCUGCAGGGCGUAAUCCACGAGGAGCUCAUUAAGUGCUACUGGUCGCUGGACCCCGCAUCCCACGCAGUGCAUAUUAUCGGUGCGGAACGAGCCCGGUCGACUGUGUGGAAAUCGGCAUCUGACGCCGUUGAGCGCGUCGAGGCUCCGGCGAUGCGCACCAACAUGGGUCCGUGGACGAGUGUGGAGGAUGCCGUGGCGUCGGCGCUGAGGAUCAUGCGCCGGUGGACGCAAGAGGAAAACGUUUCGUGGCGCGCCGAGGUCACUGCAUCAGCCGCCAACGGAAUAUCGUCAUAGGUUGUCGACGGAAGCAAGGCGCCGGUAAAUGGUCAGGUCGAUGACGACACAUCCUUUACUGUAACAGAGAGCGCAUCAUUCUCGUAUGAUGACAUUGUCGCAGCCCACGGGAAAGGAAACGAAGGACGAUAGGGCUACCUUUACGGAUUGUAUAAUGGACAGUAUCUAUUAUCUUGCCAAUCGCAAACAAUGGCUGAUAAUAAGAUGGCUGUGACCCUGCUGGAGGCCGUCAACGUAGCGUUGGGGUUAAUCAAGAGACAGUAGGGGGGUAUACAAAC